UGUGUGCAAGUGCUUAUGUGUGUCUGUAAAUGCAUGUGAGCCACAGAGGGGAGGAGUUUGUGUGUGUGUGUGUGUGUGUCUUGAGUACAGACUUGUUUGUGUAUUUGCGCAUGCAUGUGGGUUGAGGGAGGGGACUGUGUGUGUGUGUGUGUGUGCUGUAAAAGAGGGAGAGAGAACGAGAGAAUCGAUCAGAAGGGUGAGACAGACUGUGACAGGAAUGGAGGGAGAGAUGGAAGGGUCAGGCAGCUCACUGAGGGAGGCGAGACAGAUCACAUGGAAAAGAAAGUCACAAGUCCCUAAAAAAACUCACUCAGACAAAAACACACUGAAACAACAUAAGACCAUUCAUGCAAAAAAUACAAACAAAUGUGCUUUUCAGGUGAAGCCUGUUGACCUGUUGACUGGACCAACAUUUGAUGCUGAUGUCAUGCAUAGGGACACAUGGUGUCUAACAGGUUCAUCCUGCUGUCAUUCUCCAGUCCUGCUGUUUCUGAUGCUGUCUCAAAAAUUAAUUGUGGUUGAAAAGAACUGAGGUGUUGGUUAUUGACUAAGGUGAAUAGUUUUUCAAUGUUCGAAUCCUGUCGUGGUUGAUGUGCAUCAUUGUGAUCUGAUUGGCUGAUGCUGUUGGAAUAUUGAGGCAGCGCAAUUCAAUUAGAUGCUACCCACAUCGCCACUGGAAACAUUACAUUACAUUACAUCUAUUUUGAUGUAAUGAUCAAAAGUAUCUAGACCAAGAAACACCCAGAAAAUAAAGUAUUCAGAUACUUUGGCAGAUGCAUUUUGAGUCAGACGUAUUGGACUCAACAGAGUCAACAUGCUCCACAUUUGUCUCCUUGGGUCUGACCCAGAUGGGAUUGAAAAAGCAUAGGUGUAGCAACGUUAGCAGUGUCACCAAACUCCAGCAUCUAGAAGUCUCUUUAUCUGCUCCUACCAACAUCAUAACAAUAAUCAUUAGGAUGCAGCACUGUUAUUAUCCAGUUCAAAUUCUUAGCACAUUCACUUUAAAGAGUACUGACGAUGUCAGGUUCCACAUUUUCUUUUCCCAUCUUCGUAACUGGAAGUGACCCAAUAUUGAUGGGAUGCAGAGACAGCUACUGUUGAGGGGGACAUGUCUGUGGACUGCAGCAAGCUAACAAAAAUAACGAAACAACGAAAUGUGUGUUGCUGAAUUUUUUUUUCCUCAGUAUUCCAUAAAUGUUAAGCUGUGCAUCUUGGGGUCUUGGGGUCUUGCAUUUUACCAUUUUUAAAGACGUUUGAUUUUUGCUAGUAGAAUUCAUUCAUGUGUUGCAAAGAUCUAUAGUGUGCAAAUGCAGGACUCUCUUAAAUACACAUUAUCACUUGUCUAAAUGGGAGUGGAGUGGAUCAACACAAAGACAGUGAGUCUGGUUGAUAUCUCAUUUGAAUGAGUUUUCUUCUCGCCUGUUUUAUUUCUGCCGUCUGUUCUUUUUUUUCCUUUCUCGUCUGUUCACGGCCUGCCAUUCUUUCUUUAACCUUUUACUCUCUCAUUCUCUCUCUCUCUGUCAUACACACACACACACACACAGAGUAAUGAACAUUUAAAAAAUCUUAACGCACAAUCUUCCAAUGGCCUGGUUUAAAAAUCCUCCUAUGUCGUGCCAGUAACAAAGCAGACUGAGAGAAAACACUAUUUAGAUGUGUGGUAACAGAACAGUCCCAGAAUCAGGACCAGUUUGGUUCUCCUGAAGCUUAGUGGUUUUGGCAUAGACUUGGUCUAGAGAAGAUAAUCUCACAUGGCCGCUCUGAGCUCACACAGGUCGCUGCAUCUCGGCUCUGGGGGUAAUUGCACAGUGUUAAGUGGCAAUCCAGAGGUCAGAGCACUAGACCAUGUUAAGGCUAACUAGAUCUUAGAAUUGUGCUGUGGUCAGUGUGUGGUUUGUAUUUUUCAUAUUUAGCUGGGUUUCUAGUGUGCUCGUGUGUUUACUCCUUGGACUAUUCCAAUGUAACCUUCACAAUUGAAUUUUUUUUUACUAAUUUCUUUGUUCAUUAGGUUUUAAGCCUGAAGCAUCAGACCAAACAUGUGAGAAAACACCAUAGACCAGAUGUAUUAGAUGUAGAUUUGGACAAUGUGGUCAACUUUAUGUUGAGCAAUAAUAUUUAUAUUUAUUAAUAUUAUUGCACCUAAAUCAAAUUAUCAUCGUUAUCAUCAUCCAGAAAUAAUCUUUAGUGAACACGGACUGCAUAAAUGAGUAGGUUAGGAACUAGGGUAGAAAAAAAAAUAGUGUGAAUUGUAAAGGGUUUCUGUGUUAGCUGUGGUUUAAUUAAUAUUGGAAUCAUGGACCACUUAUAAGAGCUGGACAAUGAUGUAUCACUACAUUUAUGGGAAAAUUAGGUCAAUCAUCCUAUAUUUGUCCGUAAACAUGAGCAUACAGUUAUUUUGAUCACAAGUAAGUUCUUGCUUAAAAAAAAAGAGAAGUUUAUUCAAUCAUAUAGAAGAUGUACAAAAAGUGUAACGGUAAAUAGGAUUGGUCUGCAGGACUGGAAGUCUGCAGUCCUUGGUGCCUUCAGUGACGUUCGCCAUCAACACCACAUUAUUAACGUUCGGUGACAAAUAGAUGUUAUCGACAUUAGCCGCAGCUCAUCUAGAUAUUGAACAGACCUACUGUCAAUCACCUGCAACAAUCAAGCAUUUUCACUCCUUAUUUUGUAUUUUCCUAUAAACUUAUUUACUACAACUGACCAUUAUAUUCUAAAGAGGAAGAUAAACCAUAUUUAUGUUAGAUAAUCCAUUAGUCAUGGGAAAUCACUAAUCACUUGCUGCAUAGUAACACAAGUAACCCUGUUAGCUGGCUAAAGUUACUCUUAUCUUGGUGACUAAGGUAUAAAGUAGUAAACACAAAUACCACAAUGCAGCACUAUGAAAACUGAAUCAAAAUUAGAAACAUAUAUUGUGACAAAAGAGGUGUUAACCAACCUCCCAGUAUUAAGAAUGAUCUUGUUGUGGUUUUUCUUAAAUAUACAACACUUAGUAUGUUUAGUGUGGUAGAAGUUGAAUUGAUCUUUCAUAGCUAGCUAACUUCUAACGAGAAGUUUAUUUCUUCAGUUACAGCCAAGCCAUAUGCAGAGCCCUGGUGAGUGAAAAGAUUAAUAAAAUUAUGUUUACAGCUCUAAUACAUAGACAAAAUGAUUAAAAUUUACUUAAAGUUAUUUUUAUGUCAACACAGGAUAGUCAUAUUUCUCCCAGAUCCACAUGUGUUUACAUCCCUUUAUUGAUUGUCUGUAUGUUUUUGUGUUGACAUUUUCAUGAAGCCCUUGUACUAACUGAUUAUUUCGCCUUUCAUGUUAACCUUUCAUCUGGACCUUUAUGUGUUGACUGUAAAAGGCACUUGGUGAAUGGAGGAUAUUGAUGGUUGAUUCUGUGUAAACACUUGUUUUAGAAGUAAAAAUAUUUAGAUAAAUUCAAAAACCAGCUGUAGAGAAGAUGUCCAUGAUGUCCAGUACACCAAACCCUGGCAACAUUGUUAACUCGACGCGCGGAUGUGGAAGGAAGAGGAAAGGGACACCUGUGAAAGUCUUUGUUACACACACGGAGGAGAGCGUGCCUGAACACAGAGUUAGCUCAGGUGAGCAUAAAGACACAUCAGAGCACAAACGGCCGACGAUGGAACCAGCUCAACGCAAGAAUAUUUCACCAGAACUGGCUUGUGAAAGAGACACUACAGGAUCCAGAAGCAGUUCCUGUCCAGUCUCCACACCAGCUCCACCUUCCUCUCCAGCCCCCACCUUAACACCAGUCCAAGCUACGGCAACAUUCACCCAGGCCCCGUCUCUGACUCCGGCCUCCACUGCUCCAGCUGCCCCAGUGGCCUCUGCCCCAGCACCAACAGCCAGCUCCUUCCCUCCUUCCCCAAACUGUCGUAUCAGAGAGGUCCACUGUGGCAGCCAGGUGCGCUUGGUCGUAAUCGCCAUCCGAGACAUCACCAAGGGGGAGGAGAUUACAGUGGACUACAGUCUGACAGAGUGGGGAGAGAACCUGGGUUUUCGUCGUACUGUGUCCCCUGCGCAACAAGAGUGUUACUCAGACGCUGAGAAUAAUAACAAUGUUAAAAAGGAGGAUGAGCCCCUCCCUCUGACAGCCCAGCAGCCGAGGCCUCGGCAGCAUCAACAGCAAGACCGUGUGACUCCCUCUUGGUCCCUGUCUCCCUCCUCUUCCCCCAUCUCCCACUCUGAUGCCAGUGACUCGGAUGUUGGUAAUGACAAUUCUAGCCCACGAGGCCGUGCUCUACGUCGGCGUAAAAAACGACGUAGUGCCCCAUCGAGGAAAAAAACUCCACAUCGGACCCCACCGGGGCGACAAACUGCAGUCUCCCUGAACAAUGGGCCACAUCAUAGUCGUCCACUCUCAAAGAAUGUCCCGCCUCAAGCACAGUCUUCCCCACCCUGCUCAUCUUCCUCAUCUCCUACUAAGUCUGUGUUCAAAGCUCCAGCUUCCUUGGCCUCCAACAGCUCCAACAGUGUCAACACGAGUGUACUCAGAGGAGGAGUUUCGGUGGAGUCUGUGCGCCAAACAUGCGAGUACUGUGGGCGCCACUUCCGCUCACUGGGUCGUCAUCUGGACAAGCACCACGCCCAUCAGCCUGAUGUGUGCUCCGCCCUCGUUGAACGUUAUACGCAGAUGCCUCGGCUGCAUCCACAGAACACGAACUCUAUCACAACCCAUCUUCACUCUCAGCAACCCAGGUCACCACAGCCUGCAGGACAGAGCCGGUGCUCAGAUCUUUCACAGAGUGGCGUUCAGGACCUCUCCACGUCACCCCCAACACUUACAGCAGCUAACCAGUCCCCUACUUCCUGUGGAAGGAACUCCACCCCACCCUUACUGACUCCUCCUCGAGGACAGAACGCAGUGCCUGUGUCGGUUUUAAAGAGGAGCCCACCCCCUGUGACUGUGACUCAGCCCAGGAAAGGAACAACAAAAACACUCAAGAAAGACAGACAGGAGGUGGGGGAAGAGGAUGAAGAUGAAGACGUGGAGGUUGUGGAGGUAAAGAGGGCCAAAGAUGAAGAGGAUGUGGUGGUGGGUGGUCCUCAGUCCUACAGAAACAACUCUGCCAAAGAGACAGAGCCAACAGAGGAGGAGUUUGAGGAAGAGGAGGAGAUGGAUGAAGAAGAAGAGAAGGGUGGUUUGAUGGAGAUAGAAGAUGAGAGUGGAGCAGAGGAUAAGGAAAAGGACCUGUUGAGUGGUUCUGGGCGUCACCAAAUGCUACCCUUGCUUUCUUCGUUAUCUUCUUUGGUACUUUACCUUCGUCGCCUGCAACAUUCAGCCUUCCUAUCCCUAUCUCGCCAACUGCAAUCAUCUGAGGCUUGGCGCCUUCUCUGCAAUUCCAGCCUGGCUCUGCUAAUCCUGUACAACCGACGACGGGAGUGUGAGGUUUCCAAGCUGACUAUAGCAGAAUACCGUGCUCGUGUGACUCCCCAGUGCCCUGUUCCAGUCCCACCUGGUGCUCCUCCUGCUCUUACACCUCUGGAGGCCUCUCUGUCUCCAUUUGAACGCCUCGUACUUCCCCAUCUCCCGAGAGUUGGCGUCCAGGGUAAACGUGGCCGGGUCCAGCCCCUAAUUCUGCCCCCCCACUGUGAACCAUGCCUGGAGCUCCUGCUGCAGACACGUCAGGAUGUAGGAGUUGACCCUGUAAACCCUUACAUCUUUGCCAGGCCCUAUCACUCCCCUGCUACACCACUGCGAGGCACUGACCUCCUCCGGAGCCUGGCCCGUUCCAGUGGAACGCGCAAUCCACGUGCCCUGACCCAGACCCGGGUUCGCCGUCAGGUAGCUAUCCUCACCCAGCUGCUGCUUUUGGGAGAAGGAGAGGAGCUAGGGCAGCCAGAAGGCAAUGCUGUGGAGAGGUUGGAACACUUUCUUGAAAGGGAGUAUCACGUGACACAGAACUGUGCUGGGAUUGGCCAAGACCCGGGACUAAUGGGCCGAGUGGGCCGAGUUGUGCUUUGUGGAGAGAGAGAUGGAGUACUUUUCAGAGGGAUGAGCCUGAAUCACAUAUGUCUGGAACUUGAUGUUAUGUCUGGAAACUCUGCUGACUCGUAUUCAGAAGGGGAGUCUGAAGGAGAGCCGGUUAAGGAGAAGCCAGAAGUACCAUCUUGGAUUCCUGCUCCAGCUCCUGCUCCCAACUCCACUCCUACCCUUUUGUAUGUCAGGAGGGGUAAGAACAACGGGCGAGUGGGCAGACCGAAGAAGCUCAAAAACAUCCAUUCACCUCCUCCUCCACCACCUCCACCCCCACCUGUAGUGAACCGGAAAAGAGGCUCAGGAAAGCGAGGUGUUCUGAAGCGUCCCUGGUCGGAGGCAGAGCGUGCAGCAGUUGAGGAACACCUGACUCAAAACAUCACCGAGCUGCGUGUUCCAGCCAAGGCUGACUGUGAGCGCUGCCUGCAGCAGUGCCCCCUGCUGGUCAGCAACCAGCGUGACUGGCGUGCCAUCAAAUUCUAUUGCCACAACCGCAUUCAGCUGUUGAAGAAGAACCAGCAGCGGUACAGCGAACCUCAGCCUCUCACCGUCUGCUGAGAGCAAGAGUGUUUAAUGGAGAAAGACACGGAUUCAAGGUAGAAAUGGUUUAGUCAGGUAGGUACACAAGGAAAGGCACUAAUUUUCAGAGGGUGGUCUUAAAUUUCACCCCAGUCUUAUGGUAGCAUCAUUGGUUGGGUUUGCCUGACACACACUGAAUGAUUUAUUUGAAGGCCUAAAAUGUGGAACAUUUUAUUGACUGAAUGGCUGCUCCUCUAGAAGGUCUUAAAAAUGACACUAAAGUCUUCAUGGUGCUCCUGUGUUGAUUGUUACAUUAAAAGUCCUGACCUUGAAUGGGUGCACUUUUAAACACACCCAGUAGGAACCGGAGUGGCCAUGACACUGAACGCAGCUCGUCGCUUGUUUUGUAAAUGAACGUUUUUUUCCUUCCUUCUCUAAGAAUGGAUACACUAAAGUGAAAUGUAAACGAGGGAGGACUCUGAGCCCAAGAGUGUUGUUUAAGUAGCAUUGGUGUUUAUGCACUCGGAGAUGUUCGUAGGACAAAUGGCCUGUGCCAGGGCCACACUUUUCUUAAUUAAAGGCUUUAUUGUUAGAGUAGGCCUACCUGAUGCUAAUUAGAAAAAUAAUUUUGUCUGUAUGCAGACCAAUAGUUCUUCUUUUCUUAGAGCUAACUGUGCAAUGCUGACUAUGGUUUCAUCACAUGCGGACCUUGACUAACCUGUGAGGUAGUACAAGAUGAACCAGUAAUGUUUUUUUUUUUUCAAUUUAAUUGCUUUUUUUAAAAAAAAACUGGGAACACAAGCCCCGUGUUCAUUUUUAAGUUGUAGUUUUAUCUCAGAGAAAAUGUUACGGCCUCAGAAUGUUGUGAAGUUGCUGUUGAAAACCUAAGAUGUUUAGUUCAACCACAGAGUUGUUUUUAAUUUUUUCCUCAUAAGUAAGUAAGUCAACAUUUAGGACAUUGUCAGUAACCGUUUUCCCCAGAGAGGUUUUUUGUGUGUCCUACUCUUUGUUGUAUUUGUUUGCCGGUCGCACAGUUGUCACCUGCAGAAGUAGAAAAAAGGUGCAUUAGGCUUAGAAUGAGCUGUUCACUAUCUUAUAUUCAGGAUGGAUAUUUUAGUAGUGUAAACUAGUGUUACAUUUCUUUUUAAAUUGGGCAUUUUUUAGAGAAGUGAUUGUCCCAUGUUGCCACAUUUGUCCCAUCAUCUGUGUUGAAUGUUCCAAAGGCUAGCACUUGUCCAUCCUUUCCUAGUCACACUACAUACUUCGAUGCUUCAUUAGAAUAUUCUGUCAAUUAGAUCAUACUUGAAGUUUUUUAAACCCUUUUACUGAGUGUUUUACUUUAUGUCCAGCCCUAGCCUGCCAGUUACAUUGUACAUAGCAAAUACAUUAUUAUACUAACUGGUUCUUUGCGCUGGAUGAUAUGUUCUUUAUCUUCCAUUUCUAAGUUGUCAAUGUCUGUACAUAGGCCUUAUGUAAAUAUUUCUCAGAGAACAAAGGAAAAAACACAGUGUAUGACAUUUAUUGUUUAUUGUGUUGUUUUUUCUUUUUUAUAAGUAAAAUAAAGUAUUCAAAG